UUACCGUCCAUGUUGUUGUUUUCUACUGUCAGCAGACACCCCCAUUAUCAGCACAAAAUGUCUGUGGCACUGUGCUUUGCGUAUCAGUGUUUCCCACUUUGUUGAUAAAGAAAAUAUCUAAACACGUAUUCACCAGAGCGACAAAGCUAACACGUCACGGGAACGCUUGAAACAGCGCUUUCAUAAGGACUCUUUACACAACGCUUACACUCGCGUCAACACCUGCGCAUGUCUGCUGUGUUUGCUUGCCUCAAAGAAUGUAGCAACCUUGACCAGAUGCCAAAAUCCUGGUGUUCAAGAAUAGACAUUUUGGAACAAGUUACGGCAGGAACCAUCAAACACUUUCGCCUAUGCAGAAGAUGACUACAUAGAAAUAUUUCGAGGGGAUUACACGCUGUUUGAAGAUGGUGGGCGGUGCAACGUUGUUAAUAAUCUGGAAGGGGAUGCUGGAAAAGUAUUUGUUGUAUAUCAGUGCGCAGAUAUAUACCCUUCAAUAAGGACUUUCAUUAACACGGGGCCCCUGAAAAAGCGAUAGUAUACCGCAUAACAUGGAUUAAAAACUGUGUGUAGUUAUAAAGAAUUUCACGGAUAAAACAAAAAGGAAAAUUGUAGAACUGGCGCGGACGAGCUGGUAAAUUCAAUCUAGCUAAUUCGCAUAUUCUGGUAGCGAUGGGAACCCAAGUAUAAAAGCUACAUCAAUAUAUACGAGACCUCUGACCGUUGGUGACGCCCAUUCAUUCCCGGAUACAGUCGCUUGUAAAUGACAGUAAUUGUAGCAAUAGGCCUUGUUUGCCUGCUCUGUCCUUGUCGCCUGCUCGCAGAGAGCCAGCGUCCUGUCCGGGGUUGUUCUCUGGAAUUAGUGCCGACAAGGAGGUGUGGACAUCGGAAUUCCUAUUGUUACGCACACUAUUAAUUUGUCAUCUCCAGGAACUCCGGUAAAUGAGGAGAUAUGGUUGGGGCUGUGUGAGCUUUUGGCAUUACAGGCCAUGUAGCGUUUUGUUCUCGGCAUUACAGUGCUGGAUGUGCAGUUGUCAUAGCUAGCUGUCGUGUCCUCAAUGCUUGUGGACACCAGUACAGGGAUUAUUAUAACGCCGCUCACCCCCUAUCACACAUUAUCACAUUGGUGGUUUUUGGUACCAAGUUGUCAUCGCAUUCUCUAUUGAUCGGAUAUAUAAAAGUACCACCAUCGGAUUCGCUUGACCACAUAGUGGACAGCCAAGACGAUGUCGGAAACCAUGGUCAGUUCCAAUAUGCGCUCGGAAAACAACAACACGUACCAAUGGAAGGCGGACACUAGGAGGGCCGCACCAUGCACUUGCGCUCGGUAUACACAAAGCAAUGCGUGUGCUUUAAAGCACCGUUUCGGAGUUCGGAUACAUAGUGGCAUUAGGGAGUCAUCACAGCUCUCUGUGACAAAGGCGGACUGUGACCGCGAGGUGUCAUACACCGACCGAACGUCACCAAAGACGAAGGCUGAAAAAGUGAGUUUCUGUGAUAACGAAAUCUCGAGCCAACCGAACGAGAUCUCGGGCCGCCAACGGCAGCCCAGCCCAACCACCUAUUCCGAGGUGAUAAUCUUAGACAGCUUACCCCCGGGACAUUGGCCAAUCAAACGAUCAGCUAGCUUGGAAAGUCGAGACAACCCAUUCAUGCCCGGAAGCGAUCUCUGCAAAGAAGCCGAGGAAAUUUUACAGAAGGCAACGAUAAUCCGAGAUAGGUUCAUCUUACGUGAUGAGACGGACGGUACACCGGAAGAGGAAGUGACGUCAGAGACAAAAUUAGAACUUCAUUCUCCCGGAAAUGGAAAAGACUGUUCAGUGGUGGAAGAAACACUUUUACCACAAACUUCAGCCUCUGUCAACGCUGCUCCUAACGCAAAAGCGAGACAGAAUGGCAAAAUAGACGAUACUGUGUCGCCGACGACCGUUAAAGUGGAGGUGGGUGGGGGUCAGUCGGAUGGCCUGAUGGUCAUUGGAGAUAAUAAGGACAAAAAGAAACAAAAGAAAUGCUGCAGCGUCAUGUAGCAUCGCCUGGAUACGACAUUACACUGGAAACAUCCAUUCUCAUUCAUCAUAUCCGAUUGCUUGUGCCCAUGUAUUCAUCUCCAUACACCAUAUAAAGAGUAUUUAUUGUGGAAGCUUUCGACAUGCUAGCAGUUUGAUUUGAAGCAGAACCUUCCGAAUGGGAUUUCAGACAUUGUCAUUGUGUUCCAUGUGUCGACAUUGUCAGUGUUUAUCCUUGUGUCGACAUUGGAUACUUUGAAUUCCUAGUUUUACUACAAACAUAUCUUCUUAUUUAUUCAGUCUCGCCUUUGACUUCAUUAACGUCAAUUUGCAAGUGACGUCAUGCUCGUUUAUGCUUCACUCCGUCUAUGCCCUGCAGUCAUUGCCAAUUGUGUUCAUCAUUGUACACGUCACGUUUUGUUGAAAAAAUAUAUUUCAAGUUAUCUCCCUUCCAUAAAUAAAACCACAAUGGGAUUUUAGUGAGACACGCCCACGUCACCCAUUGGCUACAAUGUGACACGCCUACGUCUCCAAUCGGUUACAAGGUCACAACGUACAGUGCAAGUUGAAGGAAAAGUGCAUUUUCCUUUUGAGAAAUCAGGAAUGAGCUAAUUUCAAAUAUGCAUAAGUCACACGAUUUGUGUUAUAUUCCACAAGUGAAUGAUUAUCUAGAGCCUUCGGAUGUACAUGUAUAUUGAGGUCGUAGAAUCUACCCCAGGAGUUCGAGGCGUCGAAUGUGUGGAUUUCAUGUCACGGAUUUGUCACGUGAUGCCUCGUCAAAGCGAGGCGGAAUUCUUCUCUGUCGCAUUGAAUAGGCGCAUUACCGUUCUCGGAAUGGAUGUGAUUAUUUUGCGAUAAACUGAAUGUUUUUGAGCUUGUCAUUGCAACAGAAGAGAUGAAUUUUACAUCAGUUUUAAGUGAAAGCUGACAAAGGAGAAGGAUAUUUCGUGAAAAGAAUGCACAGUGAAACUUCGUCGUCCUUUGGGAAUUUACGUCGAAAGAGAACUGUCUUGAAAGUCAGUUAUUGAUAUUUCGUUUGCGGGUGUGAUUUGAGAAAAUUGAGGCUAAAGAAGGGAUUGACGUCGAUACAGAAGGGUGCUAUAACUUACUACGAAGACCCUUUACCCAUCAGAAUUUGAUCAAGGACCCUCUAUUUUUCGAUUUUGUUCAGAUUACGUAGUCAAUUUGAAGGACGAUUUUUCGUAUUAGAAAAUAUUUGUUAAUUUCGUUUUUAAUUUAUUGUGCAUCUUUGACUAUUUUCGCUGGAUAUACUAUAUAUUAGUGGUAUUUGUGCAGUCCCCAGACACUCCUCAUCUUAAAAACUUAUUUAUAGAUUUGUUUCCCUUCUCGUCGACAGUCGUACGGUUUGCUUUCUCCUCUUCAUUCGUAAAUUUUAUGAACUAGCCAUUUUGAAACAUUGAGCCUAUGACGCAGUGACGUCAUCGUAAAGAAAAAAAUAUGCCACACUUUCAAAUAACUCAAAAUCAAAUACAAAGAGAUAUGAUAUAUAUAGGGAGAGGCGAAGAUAAUUUACGUUAAAUUAAAUAAUAUAUUUUUUGCAUUAGUGAUAUGUUUUGUUCUCGUGAGGUUUUGUUCCAUGUUUCCACACCGAAACCAGCAUGGAAUAAAAUGAUGAACACAUGUUAA